CGAAGAUUAGCAGAUGAGAAAAUGAUUUUACUAACUAGUGGUCACUUUUACAAUACGAUCGAGUGAAAAGCGCAACUAUAAGCAAUGAAUUUCGGAGUGCUACACUGGAGCUAUCGGGACUUUCGGAUGAUGCCUGAAGAACUACGAAAAUGUGGACAAGAAGUAUUGGAAGUGUAUCUAAAGGAAAACUUCAUUCCCGCUAUCCCAGCGUGGUUUUUUGAAGAAAUGGUUCGUCUGAAAUUCAUCUGCUUAGCCGGGAAUCUACUGGAGGAGUUACCAGAACAAAUAUCGCUAUUGGUGAACUUGGAGACACUCGAUGUUUCGCAGAAUGAAAUAAAAGCGCUUCCGAAAUCACUAGGAUGCUUGCAUAACUUGACUGUUUUGAAGUUGAACCAAAAUAUGCUAACGCAUUUACCGCAAGAAGUAGGACAACUAGUUAAUUUGGAGGUUUUGGACGUGUCCAACAAUAGAUUAAAUGAAAUCCCCGUCGAACUGUCGCAGUGCGUAAAUAUAAAGGAACUAAUCCUGAAUGAUAAUCAACCUCUAGUUCAAAUACCUCAGAAACUAUUCACACUGCCUCAACUUGUGUAUGUUUCGGCUGAAAGAUGUGACUUGGUGCUGCUUCCGUUCGCAGUGAAUACUGUUUCGCUGGAAGUUCUUAAACUAUUCAACAAUCAUGCGUUGACUCAUUAUCCGUUGGCGUUGGAGAAGUUUAUGCAACCCAAUUAUGAUUUGUUGAACGCUGUGGAACUGAAAAGGAUACGGAAGCCAUUCUACCACCGAGAAAUCAUCUGUGAAGCACUACAAACCAAACUGAUAUUUCCAGCCGACCUGACAGCGAUCCUCGAUCGACGGAAAUCGGGUCAUAAUGCCAGUACUUUAGUUGAAAUUUGUUUGCAAAAAUGCUACGAUCAAUCGGAGAGGGGUGUUAUCCAUUUACCUACGACCUGUUUGCCAGUAGCUUUGUAUCAGAAACUUCAGCAUGGCCCUGUGGCCAUCUGUGGAAGCAUUCCAUGCGGAAAAAGCAUUUUCACUCGUGGUAUUCUAGGGCUUGUUAAAAGACGGAAACAUGCUCGCCCAGUAAUAUUCAGCAUCCUUUUCUGCUCUAAAAUAUGCGCUGAUCUCUGGUUUCAAUACAGCUGUGAUGAUUUCAGCGAGCUUAACUGGACAUUGAUUUGAAGGCAUUGUUGAUGGAGUAAAUUCAAAUCUUGCGACUUGUAAAGUAGACACGAAGACAGAGUAGGCGUUGCGCUGCAACGAAAAAAAAAAAUCGUCAGCACUAGUCCAGCAUAAGAC